GGUGAUCUCAGCGCGGGAGAGGGGAAGACCGAUACUAAACACACCGCCGAGCAAUAACUUCGGCGAGUUCGGGAUGGCUCGUGCCUAGAAGAAGGAUGAGAAGGUCUCAAAACACAGAAAGCACAACAAACCAGAGAAAAUCUUGAUUCCUGCACCGUUCAGCAUUGCUAGGCCAUGGAAGGGGGAGGAAAGAUAUGACGAGCGAUCCAAUCGAUCGGGGAACGUGCGUGAUUGGCUUUUGCGGUUUUCUCUUCGCCGGAACCACAGCAUAGUCUUGGCUUCACAAAAUGUUGUCUUCACAUAGAAUAUAUUCAAACUAGAGUACACAGCAGUAUCGACGAGGCAAAUUGACUCGACAACGAGAUGUUUUGAAGGUGGAAAAUGAGAAGAUGUGCCAUCAUCGGAGUUCCAAACCGACUCUUUCUUCUCUCACUCCACUCGAAUAUGGCUCUCAGUUUCAUUGGCAAACCUAUAUCUCUCAUUUCUCACUCUGAUGUUCGUUACCGUGGUAUUCUGGCCGGGAUCGACCCGCAAGCGUCCACCAUUCAACUCUCUAAUGUCUUCUCUAUGGGCACCGAGACUCGUCGACCCGUCGAAGAAUACAUUCCACCCGUUCAAGAACCGUACCAAUACAUCAUUUUCCGCGCGUCCGAAGUAAAGGAUCUUUCGGUCGACGAGACGCCCAUAGCUCGUCAUAGCGUGCAUGACGAUCCUGCUGUCAUUGGGGCCUCAACGCAAGGCGCUCCAUCCGCUCCAACUUCUCAGCCUCCUCCUUCAUACGCUCAACAAGCUGCCGGUCCCAUUUCUGCAACAGUAGCCACUCAACCGGCGCCAUCGCGUGGUCAAGAAAGCCGUCCCCGGCAACAAGCUCAAAGUCCAAUCCACACUGCCUCGGCAUCUCUCGAGACUGUUGGACGUGCCAUGGCUGAUCUACGUGUUUCCAAUACAGCUAACCCCAACGGGCGUAGGCAACGCACACGGCGGCCUGAGGGAUCUCCCGCUACUCCAGGCACUGUUUCGGUCCCCGCCUCGGACUUUGAUUUUGCGAGCAUGAAUGCAAAAUUCGAUAAGGCUGCUGUGGGUGCAAGGGUGAAUUCGUCGACGCCAGGGAGCGAUCGGACGAAUCCAAGUGACGAGGAGGAAACAGGCAAGGAUGGGUCUAGUUCCGCAUACAAUCCCGGGAGAUCCUUCUUUGAUUCGCUUUCGCCGGCACCUGUAGGACCCCAGCGUGGCCGGGGUGGAGGAGGAGGAGGACCUGGACGUGGUCGAGGACGAGGUGGAUACGGCUUCAGUCGAAGAGAGGAGGAGCGUGAGCGCAACGUUGCCACCUUCGGAGAACCUGGAGGCGUCGGAUUGAUGGGCCCAGGAGCUUACGUUGGCGGAUGGGGCGGAUACGGAGGUGCCUACGCACGACCGCCUCCAGUCCGCCCUUUGCUUGGCGGUCUUGAUGCCUGGAUGGACCCCUCCGUGAAGCAACCUGAUACCAGCACGCGCGGGAAUGGUGUUCCAACGAACGGAGACCAAUUCGUUGAAAGUCCGGAUCAAACGUCCGAGGAGGAGGUAGAGACUGAAAGCGAGGAGGACCAAACUGAGGACGAGGCCAAGGAUGAGGGCGAAGAGAAAGAAGUGGAGUAUGAGGCAGAGGAUGAGGAUGAGGAAGGGGAAGAGGAAGAGGAAGAGGACGAUGAAGAGGACGAUGAAGAGCCUGCGCUUAAGUACGAACGAAUAGCUGGCUCACUACCCGACCUGCUCAAGAAAGAUACCGCGUCCACAAUGUGCGUAUCCAAGUCUCUCAUGGCAUUAGGCACACACGCUGGAAUUGUUCACGUUCUCGAUCUUGGCGGCAACCGACUCAAAUCUUAUAAACCUCACAUGGCGUCAAUCAUUGACAUUGUGAUGGAUGAAACUGCAGAAUACGUCGGGACUGCCUCUUUGGACGGACAAGUCGUUAUUCACUCUCAAUCCGAGUCGUAUAAUUUUGAUUUGAAGAGGCCGAUGCGCACAAUAGCACUGGAACCAGGCUUCGCCAAGAAAACGAGUAGAGCAUUUGUAUGCGGUGGGAUGGCGGGUAACCUGGUAUUACAUGAGAAAGGCUGGUUAGGACAUAAGGAGACAAUGCUACACGCGGGAGAGGGUCCUAUCUGGCAAGUCCGAUGGAGAGGGAGGCUAAUAGCGUGGGCCAAUGAUGUGAUCCAGGGUGUCAAAAUCUACGACACAGUCUCUCAGACGAGAAUCACAUUCAUCGACCGGCCAGCAGAUAGCCCGCGGCCUGAUCUAUUCAAAUGCACCUUGCAUUGGCAAGACGACUCGACUCUGAUCAUUGCAUGGGCAGAUUAUAUCAAGGUGGCGCGCAUUCGCGCGAGGCCCAGAGCAAACACAUCGGCUGCUUCGGCCAAUCUCCCUCCCUUGCUCACCGAAAUCACGGUCGCCCUGAAAGUCGACUGUAUGAUCGCUGGCUUAGUACCCCACCCGAUGGUAACACCUGCUAGCAGCAGCUCGGACGGAACGCAUUCGACACUGACUUGUUUCCUGGUCAUGGCAUAUACACCUCCAGAUACAUCUUUCAGAAUCGAGCGUGCUGAAGGGAAGGCUGAACAGGCGAGAAAGGCUGCGGAUCGGCCUGAGCUGCGGAUCGUAUCUCCUGCCGGGGAGGAGCUCGCGGCCGAUGCAAUCAGCAUAACCAAUUAUCAGGCUUGGGGGUGCAACGAUUAUGUGCUCGCCGAAGUCGGAAACGACGCGAUUAUUCCCUUUGUGCCGACGGAAACACCACAAUUAGAUCACCUCGUGUAUGAGAUGAUUCUGGCCCAUUUCCUGUCCCACGAUCGCAAGACACUGCUGCAAACUGUGAUGGAGUGGCCGCGCGACAUCUACGACUUGCCUGCCGUGAUUGUAGCUGUGAAUGCAGAACUGGAGCGCACCAGUCCGUCAACCGACUCGGUUGUUCUCAUGGAAUGCCUCGCUGAGCUAUACAUGGCCAACCGCCAACCGGGGAAAGCCCUGACGUUCUUUCUCCGAUUACGGCGUCCGAACGUUUUUGACCUCAUCAGGGACAACAAUCUGUUCACGGAUGUCCAAGACCAGGCGCUACUGCUCGUCGAAUUCGAUCAUGAGCUCAUGGAGAAAAGGAAAGCGGACAAGCAGGAAGUCGGACCGAGUCAGGCGAUUGCGUUGCUCGUUGAUCACAUACAUUCCAUCCCUGUCGACCGAGUGGUCAAGCAACUGAGUGCUCGGCCGUAUUUCUUGUUCUUGUACCUUGACGCACUCAACACCGUGGACCCAUUGACGGCGGCUGCGUUUGCGGACAUCCUGGUCAAGCUGUAUGCCGAGUUUGCGACACAGCAAUUGAUCGUGUUUCUCCGCGCUAGCAACGACUACAACCCCGAGAAUGCCUACAAAGUAUGUGAAGAGGGCAAUCUGGUCCCGCAGAUGGUGUUUCUGUUGGGUAGGAUGGGGAACAACAAGAAGGCGCUCACACUGAUCAUCGAACGACUCGGAGACGUCAAACAAGCCAUCGAUUUUGCCAAAGAGCAAAAUGACGAUGAUCUCUGGGAGGAUCUUCUGAAGUAUUCGGAGGCGCGACCAGCAUUCAUAAAAGGUCUUCUGGAGAAUGUCGGUGCUGAGAUCAGCCCUGUGCGGCUGAUCCGACGGAUCAAGAACGGACUCGAGAUUCCUGGCCUCAAAGAGUCACUCAUCAAGAUUCUGCAAGAUUUUCAUCUGCAGAUUUCGCUCCUGGAUGGUUGUCAGACGAUUCUGAACGGGGAUAGCUCCGACUUUGCUCGGAAGUUGCAUAAGGACCAGACAAGCGGGUUCUUCUUCACUUCGAAAUCGAUGUGCUCGAUCUGCGAUCGUUCGCUACAGGAGAAUCCGCAGACGCUGCUUCUGCUGUUUCUCUGUCGUCACGUUGUGCAUGCUCACUGCACAAGCGGUGCUGAGCACAUUCCAGAGCAGCCAGAUGCUCUGUUGAGGGGCGCAGGCAUCUCCGAGAGGGGCAUGAGCGCCAAGAUUGCCUUCGAGUCUGUUGUGCGGGCCCGACUAGACCAGGGAUGUCCCGUGUGUCGUAAACGAGCAGAGGGCUCGCGGACUUGAACUUACUUAUACCAUCGUUCGUGCUCAUUCCAUACCCUCAAGAAUGUUAAAAGUCGGCACUGUCAUCCAUGUUCUUUGUCGUCCGAGUCCCUGAAAUGGUCUGCCUUGCGCAUGUUCGCCCUGCAAUUCAGGUUGUCCGUGACAAGCAAGCCACGCCCACUCG